UCCUCCAGCAGAAACAUUUAGAAAUGAAUUUUGUGCUGUAGUUGUCGUGAGUAGAAGAUAACAAGAGUCUUGCGAUGGCGUUCGGUCUGAUUCCUGGAUGUCAUGUAAUGACUGAUCUCCUGACCAUCCGUGAGAAAGGUGUCCUCAUCAGUCUGCUUGAACCUCACUGUAAGCUGAUGAAGUGUACAGUGGCCCAGAUACUGCAGGCCAAAGACAUCGAGGGUGAGAGUCCGAGCUGGAUCUGUUUAGACUGUGGUGUGGUUUGUCUCGUUGAGGAUGAAUCCAGGCAUUCCUUUUUCCUUCGUCUCUACUGUGUCAAGCGUGCCAAGUUACUGUGGGAGCAGGAAUUGUACAUUCCUUUCACGUACACUGCAGCUCGCACGUUCUUCCACUCUUUCCCUGCAGAUGGCAACCAGAUGGGCCUCAACUUUGCAAAUGAGAAUGAGGCAGAGGAAUUUCAUCUUACAGUGGACGCUGCCUGCGAAAAAAUUAACAGCAUGAUUGACAUAGCAAACUUGAAAACAGCCUCAACAAGUGAACCACCUGAUUCACGAAUUGAACCUGCUGGAAGUUUGGAUGAGGGGAAACAGUUCCUCAUGGAUGGACUUUCUACCACACUUACUUCGACCACAAGUUCGUUUAAGGAUCUGGAUCCAACUAUGAGGAGGCUGUUAAUGCAGGCAAGACUCACUGAAAAAGAUCUAAAAGACAAGAACGUUGUUGAGGCUGUUGACUUCAUCAUCAACCAGUUUGGAGGACUAAAGGCUGUGCAGAGAGAGUUGAGGAACAUAGGUUCCGUCUCUCAGACAUUGCCAAGAGCUGCAGGGGAAGAGUAAAGAAACAGUCUUUGCCACUGGUCCCAUCCAUCAAAGAUAGCAGCAAGGGGAGGAAAGAGGGUGAGGGAGGUAGAAAAAAAGGUAAAAGGGAGAUGGGGUGAGGGAAACAGAGAGAAGGGGGUAAAGGUAGAGGGAUAUGGCAGUGAGAGUGUUAAAAGGACAGGCAGUGGGGGGUGAGAGUGGUAGAAAAGGGGUAAUAGAAUAGGUAGAAAAGGUAGAAAGGUGGAGGGAGAUGAAAGGUGGUUGGGGUUGGGGGAGACAGAGGAAAGGGGUAAUAGAGGUGAGGUGGAGAAAAGAAGGGAUGAGGGUGGGAGGAGAUGAUGGAGGCAGGUGGAGAAAAAUUUAAUUAAAGUAAAAAAAUUAAAAUAAAAUCCCUUUGUUGCAGUCUAGUAUUUCUGGAAAUAUGCUUACAUACUGCUGAAGUUGUUUAUGUCCUUCACUGUGAGGCUUCCAAUAAAAGAAUCCUUCAAAGACA